UACCUUCAAAUUCUUCAAGAUAACCUAACGUCAUCAGACCAGUUCGAUAAUCUGGACAAGCACACUCAAUGGGGGAUCGACUUCCUGGAGCGUUAUGCAAAGUUCGUAAAGGAAAGGUUGGAAAUUGAGCAAAAUUAUGCUAAGCAGCUCAGAAACUUGGUUAAGAAAUACUGUCCGAAACGCUCCAAAGAUGAGGAACCAAGAUUUACAUCAUGUGUGUCAUUUUAUGGCAUACUGAACGAGCUGAACGACUACGCUGGUCAGAGGGAGGUGGUGGCAGAAGAGAUGGGACAUAAGGUUUAUGGAACACUGAUGAAGUACAGCCAGGACCUCAAAGCAGAGCGGAAACAUCAUCUGCAGGAGGGCAGGAAAGCCCAGCAGUAUUUGGAUCACUGCUGGAAACAGAUGGACAACAGUAAAAAGAAGUUUGAAAGAGAAUGUAAGGAAGCAGAGAAAUCCCAAUUAACCUAUGAGCGGUUAGACAAUGACAUCAAUGCUACAAAAUCAGAAGUUGAGAAGGCCAAGGCCCAGUAUUACUUGCGGACUCACAUGGCUGAUGAGAGUAAAAACGAGUAUGCUGCCCAGCUGCAGAACUUCAAUGCGGAGCAGUGGAAGCAUUUCAACAACGCCAUACCACACAUCUUUAAGAACCUGCAAGAUAUGGAUCAGCGUCGAACAGUGAAGCUUGGGGAGACGUACCGAAGCUUUGCAGAAGCAGAACGAAGAGUCAUUCCUAUUAUUUCCAAGUGUUUAGAAGGAAUGGUUUCAAUGGCCAAAGCUGUUGAUGAACGAAGGGAUUCUGGCAUUGUUGUGGAGUCAUUUAAAUCCGGCUUUGAACCCCCAGGUGAUUUUCCCUUUGAAGACUUCAGUCAGAAUUUAAGUAGAACAGGUUCAGAUGGGGCCAUCAGUAAUACACCCAAGGGAGAGCGAGACGGUGUUCCGGUGUCACGAGCGGACCCAAAACACGCGAUGAGUAAAACCAAGAACAAGCUCUGGCUCUUCGGGAAGAAACCAAAGUCCCCUUCUUCAUCUCCUCCUCUACCUCCUUCAUCCUCCUCCCGUCAACGGCCUUCCUCACAAAUGUUCCCUCCAAAUCGGUUCAGCACUGACCGAGUGAACAACUAUCUGUCUGAGAUAAAGACUUCGGUACCCAGAAUUCCCCAGAACUUGAAGGGUCUCAGAAGAGGGGCUCCGUCAGUGGAAGAUUUCAGCCACUUACCCCCUGAACAGAGAAGGAAAAGGUUGCAGCAGAAAAUUGAUGAACUCAACAACAAGCUCCAAAUAGAGAUGGAUCAGAGGGAUGCACUGAACAAAAUGAAAGAUGUGUAUGAGAAGACUCCACCAAUGGGCGACCCCAACAGCCUGCAGCCCAAAAUAUCAGAGACCAUAUUCAACAUGGAAAAGCUCCGCUCUGAAAUCCACAAGCAUGAGGCUUGGUUGUCAGAGGUGGAAGGAAAGCAGGCCUCCAGAGACAGAAGGCAUAGUGCUGACAACCAUCAUCCCACUCCCCAAGGCAGAGAGAGUCCUGAAGGCAGUUACACAGAAGACACAAGUCAGGAGCACCACACACCUCAUCAUCACUCCAGUCCCCCGCAGCCUGGACACCCGAGCACCGACCCACAUGAGUUUGAUGAUGAGUUUGAUGACGAUGAUCCGCUACCUGUCAUUGGACACUGUAAAGCUUUGUACUCAUUUGACGGUCAGAAUGAGGGAACACUAGUCAUGGCAGAAGAUGAGGUGUUGUAUAUCAUUGAGGAGGAUAAAGGUGACGGCUGGACGAGGGCGAGGAAACAGAGUGGGGAAGAGGGCUACGUCCCCACCACCUAUGUAGAAAUCACCAUGGAGAAGAACUGUAAAGGUGCUGUCACAUAUAUCUGA